CACAUGUGGAAUGAGACUGCACCUACCUCUGAGCUGGCAGCGUUAGGGAUGUACUUGGAUUCCCAGGUUGGAAGAUUAUCUCACUCAGUCUAAGUUCUCCCAAAGAUAUAUAAGCUAAGCUGUCGUGGUGAGUCUCAGCAGAGCUGACCUGAGCACUGGGGGAUUUCAAUCAUAAAGGAAUACAACUUACAACCAUUGGCAAACAUGAUGAUGCUGAAAGUAGAGGAGCUGGUGACAGGGAAGAGCAGUGACACUAAAGAGACUGGAGAUUUCCUUCCUGAGGACUUCAAAAAUGGAGAGUACGAAACUGCUGUAAGAUUAGAGAAACAAGAGGACCUGAAAACACUCCCUGAACGCUCCUUAACCCGAGGAAACCUGACCUAUGAAAAGGAGAAAAAGCUACAGGCAGAAAUCAAGAAGAAAAAGCUAGAGGAGAGACCAAAACUUGAAAACUUGCAAGAUCUUGAAAAAAUUAUUCAGCUGAAGAAAAGGAAAAAAUGCACAAAAGUGAAAGUGCCCAUUUUAAAGGAACCUGAACCAGAAGUUACUACAGGACCAGUGGAUGUACCUACAUUUUUAAAAGCUGCACUGGAAAAUAAAUUGCCAGUAAUUGAAAAAUACCUGUCAGACAAAGGGGAUCCAGAUGCUUGUGAUAAGUAUCAACGCACUGCAUUGCACAGGGCAUGCUCAGAAGGACAUCUGACACUGGUGGAAAAGUUAGUGGAAGCUGGAGCCCAACUUGAGUUCCAAGACAUGCUUGAAUCUACUGCUCUUCACUGGGCAUGUCGUGGGGGAAGCCUGGAAGUUCUGAAAUUCCUGCUCAACAAAGGAAUAAACAGAAAUGCCAGAGACAAGUUGCUCAGUACACCUUUGCAUGUGGCUGUGAGGACGGGUCAGUAUGAAUGUGCUGAGCACCUCAUUGCCUGUGAAGCAGACCUCAAUGCCAAAGACAGAGAAGGAGACACACCACUUCAUGAUGCAGUGAGGCUUAAUCGUUAUAAAAUGAUUAGACUCUUGAUUAUGUAUGGAGCAAAUCUACAUAUAAAGAACCAUGAAGAGAAAACCCCUAUGGAUCUUGUUCUUCAGUGGCAGAAUGGCACCAAAGAGAUAUUCAACAGCCUUAAAGAAAACUCCCACAAGAACUCCCAUAUAAACACAUUCUGAAGAGAGAAAAAUUACUUGCCUGGAGAAAAGUCAACUUCUCUUCAGCAGUUUAAAGGCACCAACCAACCUCAAGAAAAAUUGCACUGAACAUGCCAUUUUUACUGAUGAAAAAAUUUGUAGCCUAUUGGAUUAUUUGUAGCUGCCUUUGUUGGAAUACUCUAGAACAAAGAUGCAGAAAUAUUUAAAGACAGUUUGUGUUAAAAUUCCAUUGAUUUAAAGUUGCUUUAUUUAUUUUAUUUUUGCUAGUGGGUCAAAUGAUUAUCAAUUUUGAUCUUUGUCAACAAGUCAUGUUACUGUUGUUUUUCUACAGAGCGCUACAGUUACUACUGUGGUAACCUGAAUCAGUCAGCAAUAUUAACACCGUCCCCGCCCUUAUCUUAGUCAGCAGUCCAAGUGUAUUAUCAAGCCUUUCAAUAGACCUAAUUAACUAACAUGUCAUUGUUGCCCUGUCUCUGUUAACUCUCAGUAUUACAGUACGCUGGUAAAAAUGAGGGGCAAUACGUGGAAGACAGUAGAAAGCAAUGGAAGGUUUACUGAGAUGCCAAGUGGAAGUAAAGGAACAGUUCAGUAAUUGGACUUUGUUGUUUAGCCAUUGAUAAAGAAGCCGAAGUCUAACAUUAAGUAAUUGUUUGGUUGCUGGGUCAAACAAUGUUCUGAAGGUAAAUAGAUGAUAGUGAAGGAACAUGCACCUCUGACAAGCUGGUAUAUACUGAUUUAAGGAAAGACAGAUGUAUAUUUGUACAUGUGUACUGCUUUUUAUGUACAUUUUGUAUUGAUAUGAUUUAAAAUUUAAUAAACUGUGUGGCUCUUUUUAUCUCCAAGUGUAUUCUGCCAGGUGGAGACAUCAUGUGGAGGGAGUACCAUGAUGCUGCCAGGCAGUCUGCUUCUUUUCCUUUGUUAGCUAACAAUGAUUAGGUGUAAUUUCUUUAGAAAAUUACUCAGCUACUUGGAGCUACCAGCUCAAAAGUACUGUGUUUUCAUUAUUAAAUGCCUUUUUAGCUUUUUUUUUUUAAGGGUUAGAUAGUGGUAAAAAUUCAGUUUUGAGUUUGAAUAGGCAUCAGCUCCUCAGCUAAGCAGUAGUUAAAGCACAGCCAAACAGGAUGGGAAGCUUGAGCAGCACCAGCCAAGGAAGUGGGGAACUGUACUCGCUCAUGUUGGGAGAGGAAGAGCAGCUCUCCCUUUGCUUCUAGUAGAGAAACCAAAACUAUAUUCUCCUCUGCUCUCCCUUACUCUAAUCCCUGUGGGUGCACCAAGUGGGAGUUCUAGAUCUUUUAAUGUUAUAGUGGGCUUUUACACUGCAUUUAAUUAAAACCACACACCAGUGUCACAGCCUCCCAAAUGAGAGAACUACCACUGCCCCCAUGUGUACGCCCCCCUCUCCCAGUUCAGUGAGACUUUACUCAGCAAACAUUAGAAAGAAAUCCAAAUCAAGUCCUGGUGAUACACUGCUGCAAAUGAUGGGGUAUGGACAGUCAUUUAGAAACGGUUAAUUAUAUUUAGACUUUGGCAGCAUGUGUGAAUAUUGUAUUACAAAAGUGUGGUUUUGCAUAUCAGUGCUUAUAACCAAAUAUGACAAUCAAAGAGCACAGAUGUGAUCUACUCACAAAUCAUCAAUACCUAUAGAAUUCUAUUAGCAGCCAUCUAUCAUGAUGACGGAUGAAACAGAUCAUCCUCUUCAGACAAAAAGUACCCCCUAAUUAAUCCAGCCCACUAUAUGUAAGUAUUUAAAAAAAAUCUCUGUAAAUGCUGGGACUUAAUAAGAGGGUCCUCUUUGUUGGGUCAUAGUAGAUCCCUGUCACUGCCCACCACUCACGUACAACCGAGCAGCUCAGUGUUCAUGAGAGCUAAGAACAAAACUUGCUGGAAAUAGGACAUGAAAUAGGCUCUGACUUUCUUUUGUCCACAUUUAGACUUGAGAAAUAUUUAUACAGUCCAGGCAUCAGAGGUUAGUGAGAGACCAAAAAAAAUAAAUAUCCAAUUUAAAGAAUUAAAUGUUGUGUCUCCUACUAUUCUGUUAGUGCUUGGGAGGGAGGAGAUGAAGAACAAAUAAUAUAGGCUGUUAGCAAGGUUAUGUCCAGGCUCGAAUUGAUGUCAAAUAGUAAGCCAGGUCACCAUGCUGCUUGUUCCACAUUCACAAGCCCCUCUCUCUGCAUCAUUCAACAAGCAAUUUCUCUCUUGCUCAAAGUACCUCUCUGGCCAUGGCAAGAGAAGGCAGUGUCACUCCUGUAUUUAGCAGUCAGCUGGAUUUGGCCUCCCCCUUUGUUUUGGCCAGAAUGUCAGGACCUUGUUUAUGAUUCACUGAAGGACAAACUAAUGUAAUGACACUCAAUGACUGACAAGACGACACAGGUCAAGCACAAAGUCAAACAACAUCAAGGGAAAAAACUGCACUGUAUGCUCCUCAAAGUAAAAGCUUCUUGUGACUAACACAGUCCAUUUCUAAAUGUGUUUGUGAAUUUUAAAGCAAAACUCCAUCCAUGGUGCUUAUCCAAUUGUUGAGUUUUACCUUCUAUAAAUCUACUGCAAAAGGACCCUUGCAGUAUGUUACAAGCUAUAAUUAGCAUUUCUCAGCUUGCUUCCAGAGGUGGCCAAAGGGCUGAAAUUGUCAUAGUUUGACACACAGCUGGUCCAUUACAGUCUCUUACCCAUUUCAUAUUAGUUCACGAUCAAAAGAAAAGCCUUAACCAAGACUUGGAAGAGCCCUAAAAAUAUUUUGCAGGAGGGAGCUGAUUAUAAUCUGCAGGCAGCUGGAUGAUAUGCAUUGAGGUAGGAACUGGUAACAAAAUAGAUGCUCUUGCUGGAGAGCAUAGACCCUGAUGCAAGUUUUAUCUGUCUAAGGUUACCAGGGUUAGGCAGCUAGCAUGCUGUGACCACUGCUUAUUGUAUUGAUCACACUCAGCUAAGUGUUAGCUUAGGCUCUUCUUGUCUGUCUGCUGUAACUAGCCGCUGUCUCAUAUUAUAUUUUGAUUUUAAGAUCUUCUGAGCAGGAACUGUCUUUUACUUGUAUCUUUGUAUCAUGUCUAAUAUAAUGGGCUCAAGCCAGUAGGAGAUAUUGUAAUACAAA